GUUUGAGCAGUCCAUCCAACCAAUGAUCGACUCAGCAUUCAAUGGCAUUAACGUCGCUGUUUUGGUCUAUGGACAAACAUCGAGCGGCAAAACGCACACAGUACGUGGGUCUAAAAAAGAAGCUGGGAUCUUGCCUUUGGCAGUACAAGAGAUAUUUCGCAGAGCCGAGGGUAUGCAGAGUGGUGGCGAGUACUCCUUUGCAGUGAGCUAUUACCAGAUAUACAAUGAGAAGAUCAGCGACAUGUUAAACGGAAGCGAGAAGGCAAAAGACCUGAAAGUGCACUCGAAUAACGAGGGGACUGCGGUGAUUCAAGAUUUGACAUCGACACCUGUCACAUGCUACAAUGACGUUACGCAACUGCUAAAGCAGGGUGACGCACGUCGAGUCACCAGAGAGCACGAGAUGAAUGCGACCAGUAGUCGGUCUCACGCCAUUUUCAGAAUGGUAAGCAUCAUGUAUUUCCCACGUCCCACCGAUUGUGCUAUCAUAUACUCAUUUAACGUCGUGGUUGCUAAGGGUAUUCAAGAGCUGUCGGCGUCCAUCUAG